AGCGAGGACUCGCCACUUUUUUUUCCGCGUCAAGUUUCGUGGCUGAAAGUUUUCUUUCCUCUUUUUCUGCGGAGGAGCAGUCCCAUGCAGCCACAAUGAGAGAGAAAGCGACGGGCUUUUCGGCGUUCAGCUUCUCGUCUCAGGUCCAGCUCCUGCUGCCGCCCGCCGACAGUGUUUAGACUUAAUUUACUUCUCAGCACAUUUCCGUUAUGCGAAGUCCAACUUGUUGGUUAGUCGUCGUGCUGCGGUGGAUGCCCGUCCGAGAUAACGGAGAACCAGUGAUUCUCAGCCAGUCUGGUUACUGCAAUGAAUGGUAACACUAUCCAUCCAGCCAACACCACAACAGCAGGAGGAGGCCCAGGUGUGGCAGCGCCCGCACGAGGCUGGAGGGAGUUCUGUGAGCUGCACGCCAUCGCUGCAGCCCGGCAGCUGGCCGGACAUUAUCGGAGCUUUGCCAGAGAGCGGCCACAACAUGACGUGCUCCCACCAGAGACCUUUUCCAAGCAAUUCACCGAUCUCUUCCAACAGCACUUCUGCUGCGAGGUCGACAAAGAUGGCACUCCACUCAGCCAGAACACAUUCUCUACCGCUUCCGGUAGUGCUUCCUCCACAUCUCCAGCGGCCCCACCUCUUCCAUCACAGACUGUGAUCGGUCGAUUGCGAAUCACAUCUUUAUCUGGGGUACAGGACUAUCGGGAGGCGGGGCGACCAAGUGGAGGAGCUGCUCCACUGACCGUGUCACAAAAAGUGGAGCCGGUGGUGGUGAGUCGGGAGCAGGAGCAGCCUUUGAGAUGCUCUGCAGGAAACUCCUUCUCAUCAUCUCGCAGUUUUGGCAGCGGGUCCCUGCUGAUUCGUAGCCGUAGCAACGAGGAGAUCUCUGGCACAGAUCGACGUCAGGUGUCUGAACGGUACUCCUCUGACUCCUCGACCUCCAAUCUCGGACACGCGGACGUCACACAUUUCUCCGUCAGCCAAAUCCAGCAGACCGUAAGACGACUUUUAAAGAAACGGCCCCUUCCUAGCCCUCGCUCAUCCCAGGACCUGUCUCCUGUCAACCCCAGUCCCACCACCAACAACAACAACCCCCCCAAUAAUGGGGACAGAGUGGGCGGAAUUUCCUCCAAUAACGAGGAGGUGUCAUUCUCUUCCUCUUCCUCCCACUCAUCCUCUUGUCUGAAUUCCGAAGCCACGCCUUUAGCUGCUUCGCAACGGCCCAUGACUGGAGUUGUCUCUCACUUCCUGGAUCGUUUCCGUAGGUUACGCAGCAGGAGCAUGAGGCAGAGGAGGUCAGAGGUGAGCGGCUGCUGUAAAGAGGGCCAACUGAGGUACUUGCUGGUGGAUGACACUAUCUCAGACUCUCAGCCCCGCUGGCAACGCUGCCGCCUGCUGGUCAGGAGGAUCAGAGAUGCUCAAAGUGGAGGAGGAGGAGGAGGAGGAGGAGGAGGAAGAGGAGGAGGAGGGGAGAGGUACCAGCUGGAGCUCUAUGAUCCUCCAAAGGCCUCCAGUCCCAAGCUGACGACUCACUGCUCAGAUAUCCAAGAAGUCCGUCGUUGCAACCGACUGGAGAUGCCCGACAACCUAAACACAUUUGUUUUAAAGGUUAAUCGAGGUAGUCUGAUAUUUGAGACGGACAACGACCAGCAGGUCAGCUCCUGGACCACAGAGCUAAAAGAAUGUAUCAGCAACAGGUCAGGCAGCGUGGAUCUGGAGCCCCUCCCCUCUCCGGCUGACAGCUCUGCUCCGACCAAUCGCAGAGGGAGCUCAGAGCCAGGAAGUCAGACUCCUGUCACCUUCACCCCGCCAGAGCAGGUCCAGAAGACGGACCACUUCCUGUUCUCCUAUCCCUGGUUCCACGGGCCCAUCUCUCGGGUCAAGGCCGCCCAUCUGGUCCAGAGCUCUGGACCGGAUGGACAUGGAGUGUUUCUGGUCCGACAGAGCGAGACCCGCAGAGGGGACUACGUCCUCACGUUCAACUACCAGGGAAAAGCAAAGCACCUGCGCCUCUCUCUAACAGAAUGGGGUCAGUGCAGGGUGCAGCACCUGCGCUUCCCCUCUGUUAUGGACAUGCUCAGUCAUUUCCGCCUCUUCCCCAUCCCGCUGGAGUGUGGAGCCGCCGGCGCCGUCACGUUAUCCAGCUUCGUAGUGGCGGGUUCCAGCCCUCCAUCACAGGGUCAGCUCUCAGGCGCCCUCCUCGUCCCUUUCUCCCUCCAUCGGUGGAGCUCGGAGCCCAGCUUGGCCCACUGCAGUCUGGCUCGCAGCUCCAGUCAGCCCCCUUCCUCCUGCUCCACCAGCAGCAGCAGCACCUCCACCUCCAGCCCCGCCUCCGCAUCCCAACCGGGAAACCACCCGUUCACUCGCUCCAACCCCGCCCCCAACCCCGCCCCGUCGGCACCGCCUCCUCUGCGCCGGAGCGAAUCGGUGGGGAGGAGGCCCCUGCUCCGCCACGCCAGCCCUCACACUCCCUUCAUCCCUCAGCGGGACUCAGACUAUGAGCUGGAGCCUGACCGGAGUCGCAAGCGGGCGAUAGACAACCAGUACAUGUUGCUCUGACCCGCCAUCGCCUCUGACAGUCACCUGUGAAGCCAACACGCUCACAGACACACAGCUCCAUGUGGGUGUGUGACACUCUCAGAUCUAACUAACCCGAUUACAGCAGACUCGUGAACUGGAGCGAACGCUUCUUUGUCUGAUGGAUGCAUAGCUCUGCGUAUGUCGAAGCAUGCACACACACACACUCCUCAUAUCUGUGCUGGGUGUGUGUUUAUCAGAGUCAGACCCUCGCAGCCUCCACCCAGAGUGUCCACAGUGAAUGUAUUUGUAGGAGUUUUAUAACAGUGUUGACUAAGGUGAUUAUUCUUGUUUUAUGGAUGUUGAGGUUCCGUGUGUGAGAGAGAGGAAGAGUCACAUGAGGAGCAAGUCCUCGAGCCUGAGCAAAAAACAAUUUUUUCAAUAUUUCUAUUCUGGUAAAUUCAUACCGGAGCACUUAAUUUCAUUUCUUUGGCACUUAACCUGAACUGAUGGGAGAGCACUGCUUGCAAAAAAAAAAAUAUUAAAGGAAGUACUCCUUUAAAAUAUUCACACAAAGAUGCCAGUGUGGAGCAAAACCCAACUUUUUACACAAACAGAAUUUAAAAACACUCUAUUUUCGAGUGUUGUUACGCUCCAUUAGCUAUUCCUCCUCUUGUGCAUUAUUAUUAUAUAUUUAAGUGCACAUCGCUUUCAGUGCACUUUGGAAACAGUGUGUAUUUUUUCUAUACACGGAUUCUUUUGUAGAAAAGUAUUUAAAAAAAGUUUCUUUUAAAAAAAAGAGGGGAAAACUUGGUUAAAAUCAGUCGGGAAGCUUUUCCCAGAAAUGGAUCGAGCAACCGCUUUUCAAACCUUCGCCGAAGCGAUCGCAGAGAACCACAGAAAUGAUUCAAGAUCAGCUUUUCAGCAGCACUUGUUUUUUAGCCAAAGCUCAGUGUGUGUUGUGUGUCUGCAUGUGUCCAUUGUGGUGGAUGUGAGACGAGUAGAAGUUCAGUCACUCUGUGUUAAAUGCUGAUCUCAGUCUUGGAGUUGUGUGUGAAGUUGUGUCAUCAGGUGUCUCUGUAGUGUGAAAUUUCAAGAAUCAAAGGUGUUUUGUGCACAAAGUGAAUUGAAAUGGCCUUAAAGAAAUCAUUUCUGUUACAAAAUCAAGGAAACUGGAGUGAUAUAAUCACAAUAAUAUCUAUAUUUUUUUUCACCCUGCAGCCCCAAACAAUGGUUAAGAGAAUGGAUGGAUAUUAGGAUCGUACUUCUGAUGUUUUCUGUGCCACUAAAGUAAUACCAGAAAAGUGUUCUUCUGCUGUGUUCUCUGUUCUUUUAUGUAGACAUGUGACAGAAGAAACACAGGACACAGCACAUAAGUUAAUUUAUUUCCAACUAUUACAAGUGAUCGAUGGUGUACAGAUGAAACUACAGUAAUUCCACUCCAUUUUGUCGAUUUUGUGGCAUAAAAAUGAUUGUGUAAAAAUGAGACGUGGCGCUCCCCGGUCUUCAUUUUGUGCUCAUAAAUCAGAAAAACGCAUCCAACAGAAGACGGAAGCUUGAACAGCUUCACUCCAAAGAGCAUGAGAGGGGGAAGUGCUGCACGUACAGACCAAAAACAAAAACCAGGCGGGCAUUUGACUCAGCCUAAAUGAUUUGUCCUUUCAGUUGUGAGGGUCAAAGCGCUGGAAACUUAAAGCCAGCCCCAAAUCACGUCUGCCGUGGUUUGAAAAUGUGGAUGAAACCCUCUAAGGGCUCAGGAAAGUAGACGAUGACACGAUGCAGCUCCUAAAAAAAACAGUGACAAGUGCCUCUGUUCGUAUUUUCAGCAGGAGCUGCAUCGUGUUUCCAGCUCUACUUUUUCUUCACGCAUAGCAUUAAUUAUUUUUCUUUCUGUGUAACUUCACCACAGCAGCUACACCAUAUGUAGGAGAACUUCUGUGUUUUUUUUUUUAAUGAGAUCAAAUUUUGCAAAAGCUUUGAAAGUGUCCAAAUGUGGCACAAGAUGUGAUUCCAUCCUCCAGCUUCAUGUUUCUGUGCCCUUUAACUGGAUUUUAGCCAUCAUUUCCAGGGCCUUGUGAGUUUGUCGUCACGCCUAAACCACUGGUUCAAAGUGCAACAGGUGUCAGCUCAGGUGUGACUUUUCUUGUUGACUUAAGAAACUUUUAUUGGAGGUUUUACGCCCAAAAAAUCCUCUACCAAAGCAAGUGAUUUUGGUCACCAGUUUGCUUCUGGCGUUUCAUCUCAUUAAUCACCACAUCUGAGAUUCCUUAAAGAGCUGAUUCAUAACCCAGACUUUAUGCCGUUUCUGCGCACUUCUGACUCCUUGCAGAAAAUGAUCAUAACAUUUGGUAACAUAAAAGCAGCCAUUUGGACAUCACACGCCAAAGAUGAAUGAAACGUCAGAUUUUCUGUGUUUGAAACUUUCCUUCGAUGAGCAGCUUUUGGGAAAUAGUGUGCUAGGAUUCGUCUGUUUGUCUUCUAACUCGCUUUAACACUAACUUUAGCAGAUGAUUUUAGCUUUGCCUUCAGUGAACCUGUGCUUCAUGUAUGGUUCACACCUGAUUCUGUCUCCUAAACAUGUAAUACCCUGCUUUAUUUUUUUAAGAGAAAAGCUUCAGUUCAACUUGAUGCCCUCCUGAACGUGACCAGAGUUAACUCCUCUCGUUAAGCAAUAAGUCAGCUUUAUCUUUUUUUUUUUACAAUGGUUGUGUCGUUCUCUUUAUUGUAUCAUUGUGAUCAAGACUGACAUCUCUGAAGGGGAACAAAAACAAGGAUGUUUUUGGCAAAAGUACGGUUGGUCUUCCUGCCUUUUAUGCGCCAGAAUCUAAACAAAUCCCUCAUCACCUCUCUUGUUUCAUUUCUGCUAAACGAACGCAACGGUAUCAGUAAUUGUUUCGAGUAUCACUCCUUUUUUUUUGGCAGAAUGACUGUGCCUUUGCCAGAAAGCUGCUGUUGCUUUUCCCCUUUUUCUUUACGAAAGCUCAGGGCGUUGAGUGUGUAGUGCAAUAUGAGAGAUGCCCCGUGCUUCACACAGUUUUUUUUACCGUACGUAGGGAGCAAUCGGAGGCUUCCGUGGAUGAAUUCAGUGAGCGUUUGCACCUGCUCAUAGACUGAAGGAAAAAAGUGUUUGAGUUCCCAGAAAACCUGCUACUUUCACCACCAGAGCUGCCACGUUUUUCUGUCGCUUUCUGGCUUCUACCUGCAAGAAUCGAGUUAAUGCUAAAGAAGAUCCCCGUGUACCUCAGGCGUCUUUGAUCCUCAACAUCUAGCUCCAGAAACACCUUUCGUCUCUUCCGCCCCUCUCCAGUAUGUUUAUUUUAAAAUGUCCAGUUGAUGAAUGUAAUGUGUUCUCAAUACUGUUCAUCCUGUUUGUUAACUUAGCACUGUAAACAUUCCAGUUCAACCCAACAUCCCCUCUACAGCCAAUGAAAAUUUCAACAGCUUCUACCAUCUGUCAUUGUGUUUGCAUCCCUUUCAGUUAUAAGCAUCUAAAUUAUAUUAAAUAUAUAUCAACUGUAUAUUUGACUUUUUUAAAAUAAACCUAACCAAAAAAAAAACAU